AAUUUCUGAAUGCUUUGUGUCUGAAAAACAAAUAAUUUUGUAGUAGCACCCAUUAAUUAAGAAAAUCUCCCCUUUCCCACUUUCCCAAAUUCCCAAAUUUCGUUCGGACUGCCCAAAUUCCCUCAAAUGUUCAAUGAAUUGCGAACUACCAUUUCCUUUCUUUUAAGCUUCGAUUCACCUUCCAUAGUUGCAUCAACAUUUCGAUCAAGGCUUGAAAUAUUUCAGGUUUUUGUUUGUUCUUACACACCGGUCUGAAUUAUUCUGCCAAUUGAUGAUUUGGUAACGCAUCCAUGAGUUCGCACCAGCCUAAUUCAGUUGACGACAUCUUCGACACAUCACUGAAUUUAGAGGACACUCAUUACAAGGAAGGUUAUUCUGAAGGCUAUUCUAGCGGCCUAGCUUCGGGUAAAGAUGAAGGCUGUGAGGUGGGGCUGAAAACAGGGUUCGAAGUAGGUGAGGAGUUGGGUUUUUACAGAGGUUGCGUUGAUGUCUGGAAUGCUGCAAUACUGAUGCAACCAAACUGUUUUUCGCCGCGUGUGCAGAAAAGCAUCAAACAGAUGGAUGAAUUGCUCCAAAAGUAUCCCGUUUCUGAACCGGAGAACGAGUCUGUCACUGAUAUUAUGGAUUCAUUGAAGUUGAAAUUCAGAGCUAUAUGUGCAACAUUGAAUGUCAAAUUGGAGUAUAAUGGGUACCCCAGAGCUUCCGAUGUCAAGAAUUCAGGAUUCUGAUUGGUUCAAAUAUUAAAUGAAGGAAAAUACAGAUACUUUUUCUGUCUUUUUCGUGAUUGGUUUGAUCGAAGUAGAAGGUAUGUAAAAUUUUUAUAUUCAUGUGCAUCUUUGAGUUUUCAACCGAUCCCUAAUCUCUUAAUAUCAAUAUUAGCCAUAUGUGGUUCAGUAAGGUUUUGUAAAAUAUUAUAUUGAGUAUAAUGAAGAGAAACAUUUUCUAAAUCAAGUUGGAUUUAUGUCAA